AUGCCCGGGAUCUGGGUCUACAACUUUCUCCAGCUGUUUGUGAUUGCCUGUGCCCUGCUCGCCCACCACGCCAGCACCCGCAUCUCCGACAUCAUCCGGCUCUCGAUCACUGCAAGUGAACUUGUCCGCGGCAAAAUCACGCUCGCCGAAACGGCCGACUUUUGGGUCAAGGGAACGAAGAGCCCUGGCUACAGCAUCAUCCAGAUCAGCAACGUUAUCGAAGUUGUCUCGGAGCUGAUCCUGAUUGGAUGCAGUAUCUCGUUCGUGUGGGACGCCACCGAGACCUUCCUGCUCCAGGGAACAUGCAAUCCGCCAAACUAUAUCGGCUCGGUUCUGUCGCCCAACAUUGCCAUCCAGCAGUUCAUCCAGGGCGACGCCGACUUUGCGACCAUCUACAACUACGGACUGCCGCUGUCGGACGGCAUCAUCGGCGCCUGGGCCGGCUGGCCAAUGAACAAUCCGAUGGACUCGUUCACGAUCGAAGGCCAGGGACCAGUCUACAUCAUCCAGGCCGAGUGCGACGACGGACAGCCGCAGCCCUCGAUCAACACCAACGGCGCCUCCAACAUCGUCAGCUCGGUCCUCUCGUCCAACGGCCGCGAAUUCAUGCUCGAGAUGAGCGUCACGCUCCCGGCAGGAAGUGUCUUUGACGACAUUGCCCAGACCGUCGUCAACUCGACCUUCCAGCAAGAGUGCGUUGUGUUUGUCCAGGUCGGAGUCGGAGUCAUCCAGUACAGCUUUGUGUCGGACCAGUGGUCGGCAGUAACGGGCGGUCGACUGGUGGCAGCAUCGAGUCCCUCGAGGUCGUUCUCGGUGGCCUAUCCGACAUCGCCGUCGAGCUUUGCCCGGACGGCCCAGCUGGCCUUCCGCGAGACCACCGACAGCUACGGAGUGCUGCCGCUGAUCCGCCAGAGCGUCUUCCAGUCGGUCCUCAACGCCAGCUACUACCCAUCCCAAGGCGCCACCUUCUGCAACUACCUCUCGUGGGCAACCUAUCCCGACGGAUACUACCACACCGAGGCCAUGUAUCGGGGCCUGGCAGCUGGGAUCGGGUCGUCGGCGCACUAUGCCAUCAUGCAGUACAAUCCGUCGCUGACGAUUGCCGAGAUCAUCUACUGGGCGACGAUGCGGGCGACCAAGAAGACGCCUGGAUUCACGGAGGCCCGCCGAGCGCUCCAGCAUCCGAUGCGAUUUGCUCUUGAUACCGCCCACACUCUGUCUCGGUUCCAGACAUCCAGUCCCGACGACUACUGCAACGUCACGACACGCAAAUCGGUCCGGGCCAUCGGCAACCGGAUAGUGCGGUACGGCGAGGACAUCAAUACGUGCGAGAACGAGAUCGGGCACCUCCAGAUCGGCGAGGCCGGGUUCAUCUCGACGGUCAAGGAGGACAAAAUGUACGGCAGCUUCACGCCAACGUAG